AUGGAAAAUGCAAUAAAAGGAGAACAGCUAUUUUUGCUAGAGUUUUUAGUGGAUAAAGUCAACAUUCCCGCAAUAAAAGCGAUACACGAAGAAAUCUUGCCCAGCAGAACUUGCAUCUCGUUUCAAAUAUUAGAUCUGCCACCUCUGAAUAUUUAUCAAGAAUCGCCAACGGAAGCUUGCGCCUGCAUCGAAGAUGGGCCGCAAGUCUUCAAAAAGGGCAAGUCCUGCCUGUUCGCCCUGGCAAACGUCGUUUUGCAGAAACAACUUUGCAAUUUUCCCGUAACAAUGUCUGUUUACAAGGAACUGCCCCCAGGAGUCUUGCCAGACGUGAUGUUAAUCGGCACUCAUCAGAUUCAGAUUCGCGAUCUGAUAAACUCGCUGGUGAGCCAACGGAACUUCCAGAACGGCAGCGGCUGCAGAAUCCUUAAGGACACCUUCAAGAUUACCACGGCGACAGGACAAUGCGUAGGCAAGGUCACGGUUUUCAUCCGCGCCUCGUGCUUCGGCAGGAAGAUCGUUACGCAAUUCCAAAUCCCUCAGGAUAAGGAACCUUAUCUCUUCAAGGGCGCCGAAGACAGCCCUGUCUUUCAAUGCAAGAGGAUCACUUCUGCUACGGACAGAGAACAAUGGAAGUACCCGAAAAAGACUGGCGAUGGCAGCGGGGAAGCUGCGAAAAUCUACUGUCCCGACGAACGUCGGCGAAGGAAACCGAAGGACAUCGACGAAGACAAGUGUGCACCAUGUUGUUCCCAAGAGAGAAAGAGCAGGGAAACCGUCAGAAAGUGUGGCUGCGUCAUCGUCAAGAAGGAACGGACCUGCAGCUAUCGAGAUAAAAGAAGCAGGAAAAUUCAUCAGGAAGUGUGGCUGCGUCGUCUAGGAGGAACGAACAUGCAGCUGUGUUCGGACAGACGUCAGACGCUUGAAAUAAAAGGAGAAAAUGUUCAACAAGUUCAAAGACACGUUCAAGCGAAUCACCUUCGAUCCUACAGCAUCAUCGUCGUCCUGAUCACUCUUUGCCAGCAUCAGCGAGAUAGAAGAAGCAGGAAAACUGUCAGGAAGUAUAAAAGAAGCAAGAAAACCGUGAGUAAGUGUGGCUGCGUCGUCAAGGAGAAACGGACUCUCAGCUGCGUCCGGACAAACGUCAGACGCUUGAAAUGAAAGUGUUCGAAACAAGUUCAAAGACGCGUUCGAGCGCGAAUUGCUAUCGAUCCUGCAACAUCAUCGUCGUCCCGACCAUUCUUCGUCAGCAUCAGCGCGCUCCUGCGU